AUGUCCAAAUAAGUUAAGAAGGGUCAAGUUGAAAAGAAGAUUAAGGCUGAAGAAGAAAAGAAGAAGGUUGUCUAACAAUCCUCCGAUGAUAGUGACGAUUCUUCCAGCGAAGAUGAAAAGCCUGUUGUCAAUAACAAGAAGAACCAAAAGGUUUAAGAAAAGGCUGCUGAAAAGGUUACCAAGGCUAAGAAGCAAGUUUCUGAAUCUUCUGAUGACAGUGAAUCUGAAGAAGAAAAGCCUGCCCCCAAGAAGGCUGUCGCUGCUAAGACUGCUCCUGUUGCCAAGAAGGCUGUUGCCAAGAAGGAAUCCUCUGAUUCUGAUGACAGUGAAUCUGAAGAAGAAAAGCCUGCCCCCAAGAAGGCUGUCGCUGCUAAGACUGCUCCUGUUGCCAAGAAGGCUGUUGCCAAGAAGGAAUCCUCUGAUUCUGAUGACAGUGAAUCUGAAGAAGAAAAGCCUGCCCCCAAGAAGGCUGUCGCUGCUAAGACUGCUCCUGCUGCCAAGAAGGCUGUUGCCAAGAAGGAAUCCUCUGAUUCUGAUGACAGUGAAUCUGAAGAACAAAAGCCUGCCCCCAAGAAGGCUGCCGUUAAACCCGCUGCCAAGAAGUAAGAAUCUGAAGAUGAAGACAGUGAUGAAUCAGAAGAAUAAAAGCCUGCUACCAAGAAGGCUGAAAAGAUGUAAGUCGAAGAAGAAUCUUCUGAAGAAUAAAAGCCUAUUAAAUAAGACCAACCUAUCCAAAAGGCCUAAAACGGUAAUGCCAACGGUAAAUAAGGUGGUGACAAGUUCUCUAAUGAAGUUAUCGUUAAGGGUUUGAGCUUUGAUGCUGAUGAAAACGAUAUUGGUAACUUCUUAGACGAAAACUGCGGUUCCGUUGCUAGAGUUAACCUCUUAAAGAACGAAUAAGGACGUUCUAAGGGUAUUGCCUUCGUCAGCUUUGAAACUGAAGAAGGUUGCAACAAGGCUGUUGAAAUGAGCAACUCUGAAUUCAUGGGUAGAUAUCUUAUUAUUGAAAAGACCAAGCCCAAGACUGAAAGACCUGCUCACUUACCUGUUGAUGAAGACUCCAAGACUAUCUUUGUUGGUAACCUCUCUUUCAGAACCGACAAGGAAACUCUUAAGAAGUUCUUCGCCUCUUGCGGUAAGGUUGCUGAUGCUCGUAUCGCUGAAGCUGAUGGAAAGAGCAGAGGUUUCGGUCACGUUGAAUUCGAAGAAAGAUCCGGUGUUGAAAAUGCUUUAAAGAAGGUUGGUGAAUAAAUCGACGGAAGACCCAUCAAGGUUGAUGUCGCUGCUUCCAGAGGUAAACGUGAAGGUUUCAACAGAUCCUAAGGAAACUUCAAUAACAACAGAGGUGGUCCCCGUGGUGGUAACAACUCUUUUGCUAACGAAAGAAAGGGUGCCAUUACUUAAUUCUAAGGAAAAAUCCAAUCUCUCUGA